AUGGAGGAUCAGCUUGAGCAUCUCAAAAGAGUGGCUUUAGCUAAUAGUACAAUCCUCUUACAUUAUUCAAAAGGAUUAUCAAAUUCUCCUAAUGUACUUGAAAAAAAAAACUCUCAAACAGAAAUCAUAUCUAUGGAUGAUUUGACUCCACCUAAAAUACUUAAGAAAUCAAAUACCUUGAACGAAAACAGUUUUAUGAACGUUCAAUCAAACAAACCAAAAAAGGAUAAUAGUUAUAAUUCUAAUGUACUUGUUAAGUCAUCAAUUGAUAAAGACUACUCAACUUCAUCUGCUCCCAUUUCGGCAUAUAAUGAAGAUCAUUUCUUUCAGAAUGUCAAUAAAGUUAGCGAACCAGUGCCAACAAAUGAUCAACAAUAUACCCAUUCUCAAGGAAGCGAGAAAGAAAAUACAAAGAACUUUUCUCCAUUUAUUAUAAACCGAUCUAAUAAUUGGCAUACUAAUAAACAUUCUAGUGAUAGUACAACACAUAUUCAAAAUGUUGCAUCAGAGAAUGUCCAUUCUGAGCCUUCACCUGAUACAUUGUCACACACUCGAACAAGACAAUCUACUGUUGAUUCACUUGGUUUUGUUAAAUAUACACCUGCUGCAGGAAAAUUUGAAGAUCUAAAAAAUGAGGCUAUAAAUUCAUGGGAAGAAGGUUUAGAUUUAGAAUUAGAAACAGCUUCAAAAGAAAAGAAACGUUCAGAAUGGUUACCGCAAAGCGCUUUCUUCGCCGAGGAUACGUAUUCCGCUAAGCCUGAACAGUUAGAUGUGUCUUUUCAAAAUGUUCCUCAAGAAGUAAAGAAAAGUUAUUCUGAUGUUGCUAGUGGAACUACACCUAACUGGGCUAUCGACGAUAAUAAUACAUCUGCUUGGAAUCCUGAUGAAAAUAUAAACUCAGUCGCUUUUGGCUUUAAUCAACAGCCAACUAACGUUUGGAGGCCUACUAUGUUGCCCUCACAAUCUAUGCAGCACAUGACCCCCGUUAUUAUGAUGCCUUCGUCCUAUAUACCUAUGGCAAAUAAUUAUUCACCUCAGGACAAAGAGUUUUUAAUCUAUUUUUACUCUGUAAUUAGUAAACCAAAUAUUCGAAGUGUUAUCAAUGGAUUUCAAAAGAAGGUGGAAACUAUUCUUAAUCGUAAUCUUCAUGAAAUGUCUUUACGUACUUUUGAAUUGUUGCUAAAAUCACUUAUACUUGUUAUGGAUUAUGAAUCAAAUCACUUAAAGUUUGAAACUGCUCGAAAAAUACAUGACGCUUGGAGUACUUUCAUUUAUUAUCUUACUCGAUAUGUUCAAUCUUAUGUCCAACUACCAGAUGAUCUCUAUGUCGUCCUUAAGUUUAUCGUUCUCAUGUCCCGCUACUAUCCUAAUAUUAAAAACGACUUACCUCUAUCAGAUAUCUCACAAAUAUAUGAAUCACUACAGAAAGUGAUUGAUGUAGAAAAACAUAGUGAUCUAAUCAAAUAUCUUCGUCUUACAGAGGUUUUACCUGAGGAAAAUUCAGAUGAUAGUUUCUAUCAUGAAUUACACGACUAUUUACCUUCUAUACCUAUAGCUGAAGUAAUCGUUUCUGAAGAAAUCGAGAAUAUUAAUAUGCUUCAGCUAUGUGAAUCGAAAAGAGAAAUUACUAUAGCUAACAAGGUUCACAACCCAUGGCCAAACCUUGAUUUACGUAACUAUAUUUUAAAUCAUUUUGUCAUGUUACGAGAUGAACUCGUAAGUCCUUUACAGAGAGUCGUUAGAGAAUUGUUUAAAGGUAUACCUCCAACUAAGUUUCAGAUCCCAGAAUGUGCAGUUUACGAGCAGACUAUUCCAAAAUCCGUUACUUUGUCUAUGUCAUCCUCUGAGCCAUGCAUUGUUUUUCAACUUGGGAAGAUUCAAAAGAAUGAUGAAAUUAUGGGACAUUUUAAGGAAGGCUCACUUGUCUUAUUACUUCCAGAAAAUGAAUGUACACAGAACCCUACUAGUGUUAUAAAGAGGAUCGCAGAAACAGCUAUUUUGGGUCAUGCUAUUUAUGCAAUUACUAAUCAUUCUAGAACAAGUGCCUCUGUUAUUCGUAUGGUAUCAAUUCAUGUUCAUAAAGAGGAUUUAUCAAAGAUAGAUUGGGACGCCAAAUAUUCAAUUAUUACAUCUAAUAUCAAUGCUACCUCUGUAUUCUCAUUACUUAAAUGGCUUCGUAGUGAAUAUAUUAAUUUAGAUAAGAAGCAUUUCUCUCAAGUGAUUACACCUCGAAUAUUAGCCUCUAAAAAUGUUCUCACUCAAUCUCAAUUAUCUUCCUGGAAUGCGGAGUAUUAUGAUAGAGUGGUUACAACCAAUGAGGAUGCAAUUCCUGAUUAUCUUGCUGAUUCUGAAAUUGAUAUUUCAUGUAUUAUGGCCAAGAAUGGGAAUCAUUGUGUACGACUAAGUGAAGGAAACUGGCCGUGUUAUUCAGCUCAAUGGCAGCAAGUGGCUCCUUCUAAACGUCCUCCACUCUAUAGUCUUUCACCAAGUCAGGUAAAUGCUAUUCAAUUUGCAUUAACACAUCGUAUUGCUGUCAUUUCAGGGGCUUCAGGUACUGGUAAAACGUUUUUAGCAAGUAAAUUAGUACAGCUUAUGAGUAAAGCGCUAACCUCUGGCCAAUUCCAUCAACCUAUUUUAAUUAUUACAAAAAAUCAAUUUACUUUGGAUGAUAUUUUGUCCAAGAUUGUAAAUCAAAUACCAGAUAUCGUUCGUUUUGGUAGAGAACCUCUUAUUGAAUCACUUGCAAGCAAACAAGCUACACGUCUUGCUAUUCCAAAUACGACAGAUUCUAACUAUCGUCAAUAUCAAAAGUUAGAACAUCAGCUCUCCAAGAAUCAAAGUAAGUUGAACACUUUGUUUAAAGCACGUUUUCAAGCCUUGGAGCAUGAUCCUGCUGUACUUUUAGGAGCAAUUGCACCUGCUUAUCUAUCAGCUCUUGAAAAGGGGUAUACAGAUAACAAUCAACAGGAGCACUUUAGCAACCGCAUCUUAAAGAUAUGGUGUGCUUGGGCAUCUAAUGAUAAACGUACCAAAAACUAUGCAACUAUGUUUAAUGAAUAUAAAGCCAACACACACGCACAAUGGUGUUUGGAAAAUGCCUAUCUUCAAAAGGGUGGACGUGGUCUUCUUCCCUUAUUAAGUUCUAAUAUCAUUCGUAAUCGAUUUACUUCUAUUGCCAACAAUAAUACACCUAUUUUAUCUAUCGCUGAUUCUAAAAAUUGGCCAUUUGAAAAUUCUGAAGCUACAGGAUCCAGUUUGCGUUGUGCUCUGUUAGAUGUCUGGAGAGCUGUACCGCCUGAAAAAAUUUGGUUGAUUUCAGACGAAGCAAAGACUACAUUAAUUAACAAUUUAUCAAAGGUGCUUAUUGACUAUAUUGAUAAAGAAAUUGAGAUUUUAUUACAGAAGCAGGUUAAAUUAGCUCAAUCAAUUGAUGAAAUAAUUGUGCAAAAAUGCUCUUUCCUUUGCCGCUUCAAUCGUGCUAUUGGUAUGACUGCAGAUUUUGCUGCAGCACAUCGGGACUGGGUCUCCACAUUAUGGCCGCGUGCUGUUAUCGUUGAUGAGGCCUCUGAUAUAUUAGAAUCUACUGUAGCUUCUAGCAUCCUUGGCUCUCGUACUGAACAUGUUAUUCUUUUGGGCACAAAUGGUAAAUUCUCCAAGCCUCGUAUCAUAAAUCCAACACUUGCCGGUAAUCCACGUAACUUGGAUGUUUCCUUAUUUGAACGUUGGAAGAAUUCAACAAGUGAAAUGGUACUUUUAGAAGAACAAUGGCGUAUGCAUUCCAAAGUUGCCAGCAUUGUAGAUAAAUUUAAUAGUACUAAAGAAGAAAAUUCUUCAUUACUUAUCACAGCACAUCUUGCCUCAUGUAAUGAAAAUAUGGUAGAUGGUAGAUAUAGCAAGCUCGAACCUCUUUAUGGUAUUAGUCAACGUUCAUUCUAUUUAAAUUAUGAACCGCCUACAGCGGAUCAUACGAUUGAUACCCAUUAUUCUAAACUGUUGACUACUGCUGUAACAAAUACAGAAGUUGAUGAGGCACGCUAUGUGGCCUUCUUUGCUGUGUAUCUCAGUCAGCAGCCUUAUAACAACGCAAGUAUUACCAUCUUAACCACAUGUUUAUUACAAAAAUAUUUAAUUCGCCAUAUCUUACGCGAUGAAGCGCCUAAGCGAACUUGUUUUAAGAGUAAUAUAGCAAAGAUUAAACUUGAUAUUAUAGAGAAAUAUAUGGGUCGUGAAGAUAAUUUUGUCAUUAUUAGUACAGCAACACCAGGUCACUCUUCAUCACCAUACAAUCUUGUUUAUAAUGCUCUGACGCGUGCUAGAUAUGGAUUAUUUGUAAUUGGUAAACCAGGUGUAGAUCGUGUUCAUCCACGUUGGAAUGAUUUUGCAAACUACAUGAAAGAUUGCCAUCUUUAUGGAUCGUCCAUUCAACUCACUUGUCAUACGCAUGGAGAUACUAUUUUUGCCGGUCGAUGGGAAGACUUUGAUAAGGUAAAGAAUGGUGGUUGCCAACGACCCUGUGCAACUUUGAUGAGUGAUGGACAUGCCUGUAAAGAGGAGUGCCAUUUUAUGGAUCACAGUGAAGUCAUUUGUUAUGAGCCUUGCAAUCGUCUUCGUCCUUCUAAAUGUAAACAUGCUUGUCCUAAAAAAUGUUUCGAGUGCUCACAAAAUGGUUCGUGUCCACCUUGUAUGAUAGAGACAAAAGUUAAAUUAUCCUGUGGGCAUAGUUAUGUUGGGGUCUGCCAUACUAUUCAAAAUAUUGAGCAAAUAAAAUGCCAAGAACUUGUAAGUGUUACUUUUGGAUGUGGACAUGAGACUAUGGUAGAAUGUUAUAAAUCAAGGUCACAAAAAAUACGAUGUGAAGUAACAAAGAAUACCAUAUUGAAAUGUGGUCAUGAGGCUGUUGUAAAGUGUGGAGAUCAGCCACUUUGUUUAGAAAAUUGUAACCAGUUAUUAGAAUGUGGACAUAAAUGUCCUAAUCUUUGUAAUGCCAUUCAUAACCAUAGCCGUGAUAACUGUAUUGCCAAUUGUCCUAAACAAUUAAUCUGUGGCCAUCGAUGUGCAAAGGGUUGCGCUAAUCCAAAUGAGCAUACUGAACGAUGUAUGGAAAGAUGCAACUAUGUUUGCUCUCAUGGAUAUAAAUGUGGUAGAGAAUGUUGGAGAGACUGUAUUCGUUGUGUUAGCGAAUGUCCUUACAAAUGUGAUCAUUAUAAGUGUACAAGGAAAUGUUAUAAAAUUUGUGAUCGACCACCCUGUUAUCAACCAUGCCGUAAAAGAUUAUCUUGCUCACAUCAAUGUGCUGGAUUAUGUGGAGAGCCUUGUCCACCUUGUGUUAUUUGUUCAGGUGAUCUGAAAUGUUCUAUUUCACUUCGCACUUUAUCUGAAUUUGACAAAGAUGAAAAAGCAUACAUGUUACCUGAAUGUGGAUGUGUAUUUUCAGUUGAAGCAUUAGAUAAAUAUUUUGAAACACAAUCUAUGAACGGACAACAUACUGCUAUUAAACUAUGGGAAUGCCCUACAUGUCAGAAAGCAAUUUACACUGCACUCCGUUAUAAUAAAUAUAUUAAGACAGAGAUUACUUUAGUGAAUACCAUCAAAUUACGCUUAGAACAGGAACGACAAAAAUUAUCAUAUCAUGAAAAGGCACAAAUCAUUAAUGCAAUGAAUGAUGAAACUAGACAACAAGCAGCACAUAAUAUCGUUGGCGGUCGUUGGUUUGUCUGUCCAAAUCAACACCCGUAUUAUGUUGGGGAUUGUGGAGGCGCUACUGAGAUUUCCAAGUGUCCAGAAUGUGAUGCACUUAUUGGAGGUACUCAACAUAAAGUAGUUGGAUCGAAUCGUUUUUAUGGUGAAUUUGAUGGUUCAGAAAAACCAGCGUGGCCAGGCCAACCUAAUUAG